UUUUGAAAUGUGGUUCUCCAAAGUAAAGGAAGAUGUUUUUAUAUUUCUAUCCAAGACAGGAAAAAGGGCAAAAGCCAAUGUCAUAUACAAUACAUCGCUGCCUGUGCUCUUUGGGAUCAAGAAAUAUGCAGACUCAUUGUGGGACAUUGUGAAACAACGAGACCUACAAGUGAACCUGAGGCAAAACCUGAUUGAAGUGCGAGCAGAUAAGCAAGAAGCUGUGUUUGAAAAUCUUGACAAACCAGGUGAAACCAAAGUGCUUGAGUAUGAAAUGCUUCAUGUCACACCACCAAUGGGACCCAAUUUGGUGAUUAAAGGCAGUCUUCUGGCAGAUGAGGCUGGCUGGUUGGAUGUCAACAAAGACAACCUCCAACAUAAGAGAUAUCCAAACGUGUUUGGGAUUGGAGACUGUACCAACCUGCCCACAUCCAAAACGGGUGCGGCUGUCGCUGCACAGACUGCUAUCUUGAACAGAACCAUCAGCAAAGUACGGAAAAAUGAGAAGCCAGAUAAGAUAUAUGAUGGCUACACCUCGUGUCCCUUGGUUACAAGCUACAACACAGUGAUUCUUGCAGAGUUUGACUACAAUGGACAACCACUGGAAACAUUUCCCUUCAACCAAGCCAAAGAAAGAAGACUUAUGUACUACAUGAAAGCUGAUCUGAUGCCUCACCUCUAUUGGCAUGGGCUUCUGCGGGGCCUGUGGGGUGGACCAGGACCAUACAGGAAACUCCUUCAUCUUGGAAUGAAAUGAAAACUGAAAAUGAAUGAAACUACCAAUAAUCAUCCCCAAACUUUUCAGUUAAAUUCAUUUUGUAUAGCCCAAAAUCAUACAUUUGCAAUCUGUACACAUACAACAUCCUCUGUCCCAGGACCCUCGCAUUUGCACAGGAAAAAGUGCGAAUACCCCCCCCCCCCCCCCCCCCCCCCAAAAAAAAAAACAAACAAACAGAGGAAGAAACCUUAUGGAGAGCAACAGAGGAGGGAUUCCUCUCCCAGGAUGGACAGAGGUGCAAUAUAUGUCAUGUUUCACAGAAUGAACAACACAACAUAAGUGAUUAUUUUUCUAUGAGUGCUGAACUGAGUUACAAACAUCUUGGUGGUUAUAUCAUCUUGUUUGCUGCUAAAUUCAUUGUUGUAUUCAUUGCUCUUAAUCAUAAAAUGACUGAGUACACUUAUAAACCUUGUAAAUUACGGUGAUAAUUAAAACUUAAAAAUAUACUCC